AUCGAUGACCUGAAAAUCAAAGUGGUCGACCUGGCUGGAGUGAAGAAGCCCGCUCUGAAGAAAGUGCGCAUGUCCGCCGAUUCCAUGCUGAAAGCUCUGCUGGGCUCCAAACACACAGUUAACCUGGAGCUCAGGGCCAACCUGAAGCAGGUCAAGAAGGAGGUGAAAGAGGAGCCUGCAGAGGCGGUGGGCGACUGGCGUAAGAACAUUGAGGACAAGGCUGACAGGAAGAAGAUGUUCGAGUCCUCCUAAAGAGCUGCUCGCUGCUCUUGUAGCUGUUCUGGGAUGUUAGCACUUUUUAUGGAAUUUCUGGCGUUG